CAUCAACCCAGCAAGCAGCAGGAGGACAGACAGCAGGACACCACACUCACCUCCACCUCCAACCUCCACCACACCACGCAGCCAUGCCUCCCCGGCUCCAAUUGCUGCCCUUCCAGUGGCAGCGCACGACAGCCACCACCACCCUCGCCCCGCUGUCCUUCCUCCUGCCCCUGCAGCAACAAAGCCGCAAUGCCCACAUCUUAGCCUCGCUGUCCGACACCCCCGGUGCCUACAACAAGCGCAUCCGCAGAGGUCGCGGUCCCGCCUCUGGAAAGGGUAAGACCUCCGGAAGAGGUCACAAGGGUCAGGGCCAGCACGGAAAGGUCCCUGCUCGGUUCAAUGGUGGUCAGACGCCCGAGAUCAUCGUCCAUGGUGAGACGGGGUUUAACAAUGUCCACUCGAUCGACCUCGCGCCCGUCAACCUGGACCGAAUCCAAGCGUGGAUCGACCAAGGCCGAAUUGACCCCAGCCGGCCGAUCACGGUGCGCGAACUCGCGCAAUCGAAAUGCAUCCACCAAACCAAAGAAGGCGUGAAGCUGCUGGGCCGGGGGAUCGAAAAGGACGACCACGAGGUGCCCGUGGCCAGCGUGCUCAAGCAGCCCAUCCACAUUAUCGUGUCGCGGGCGUCCGCGCCGGCCAUCGCCGCCAUCGAAGCCGCCGGCGGCUCCGUCACCACCCGCUUCUACACCAAGUCGUCGAUUGCGCGGAUCUUGCGCCGCGAGACGCAUCCGUUCGUGUCGACCGCGUGGGCCAAGGAGGCCGGCAGCGUCGAGCUGGCCAAGGCGGAGGGCCUGGAGGGCGAGAUUACCGAGGCUAGGGUCAUGAGUGAGAUGGGCUUCCAGUAUCGGUUGCCGGAUCCCACGAAGAGACGCGAUAUUGAGUAUUAUCGUGACCCUGCCCAUCGGGGUUACUUGAGCCAUUUGUUGAAGCCUAUGGAGGGUCCUAGUUUGUUCUUCCGUUCUCCUGCUGAGAGGAAGUCUGCUGCUGGUGGGCGCAAGGAGAAGACUCUGCCUGCGAAUAGACUCUGGUAGGCGGCGGGUGUGUGAGUUGGUUUUGUUUUUUUUUUCAUCAUCUAGGAUGGUGAUGAUGUGAGGAUUGGAGAGAUGUGGAUAUCAUUUUAUUUUAUCUGGUUAUUUUGUGGGCUCGUUUUUUAUAUGUAUAAAUAUGCUGCUUGUAUGUUAUGCUCGUGGGUAUGUUUCCAAAGCAUUUGAUUUUUUC